CCAGCGAGUUGGUGGAUGUUGAAAAAGUCGCAGACCGACAUGUAGAAGAAGCUGGCGCUUCAUCAGGAGGUGCUGCCCGUUUCUCGCGAAUCGGCGAAUUCAUCCCCUUGAUUGUAACACCACCACCUGCAGCACAAGCACAUCAGAGCCAGAGGUCGACGUCCACGGUGGCAGAUCCUAGGGCGCAGGAGCUACAACAUCGUGAAGAAGAUGAAAAAGCAGGAAUUAUCACGACACCACAUCAAGACGAGCUGCAACUACUUCUAGAACAACGAGCAAAGGCAGUGCAGUUCGUGAAGGCGCUUGUCCCCGUCUACAACCGUUUAAUCGAUGGCAUCAGCUGCGAUGUCGCCACGCUGCAAGCCGAGCUCAGCGCGGCAAGUGAGGUGGAUCCGUUUACGCGCCAAUUGCUCGGGAUCGCUCACCGCGUCUACGGUGGUGGGACAGGGACAGAAGAUGGAGUUCAUCACGCGGGUACUGCUUCUAAAGGCGCAUCAAAGGUGGACCACGAGCGAAUAAAGGAUCCACGGAAAGAGCCGCGGCUUCACUUAAUGAGACACGAUUAUUUGUUUCAACGUCAAGAAGAAAAGAUGGAAAAAUCGCUUGGAGGAGCGGCGCAGGCUGGUGGGGUACUAACAGGUGAUAGUUCUAGCGUCAACCAGAAUCAUCAUCUACAGUGCAAAUUAGUGGAAAUCAACACGAUCGCUGUGGCUUUCGCCGGCAUGGCACAAGACUUGCUGGAGAUCCACAAGGAGGGGCGGGCACUUUUACAACUCCGAAGCGGUGCUGACAAGGAAAAUGAUGUCGAGCCGCCGACUGCUGAAGUGGCUGCGAGAGCCACUAAGACGUCAGUGCAGCAACAAAGCGACGAAGCGCCCGCCGUCACCGCGUCUCUCUCCCACCCGGCGGGCUCCGCCGACGCGUACGCGGCUGGGAUUGCCGCAGCGCACCGCGCCUUUCUCGCCAAAUGGCAGGUGGUGGUGGACCACGCAGAUGGUCACACAGAUGAACAAAGAGAUGACACGAAGAACAACCACUCUCCCCGAGGAGGAGAGAUCGUGACAAAAAGUUCAACUUCCACGAGGGCUUCAUCUGGUUCUGCGGCCAAGAACAUCUAUCAACCAGACGAUUACCACAUCUGCUUUUUUUGCUUCCCAAGCGACCAUCUGGAUCACGACCAGCAGCGGGUGCAGAGAAGCCUGCGGGAAAGAGAAAAUUUGAAGAGCUUUGCGGCGGUGAUGCACGAGGGGUGUGUUGUGACGGUCGUGGAACAAGAGAAGGAGGAAGUUCCACCGGAGGCUAAUAUCAAGAAAAGUGACCCAGACCCCGUCACCAGGAGAAAUAAAAAACGGUUCUUGCACAUCAAGACUGGAACACUUACUACAGGACCAACUACAACACCACGCGAUUAUAAGUCGUCCACCGAUGUUGAUGUUGAAAAAGUGGAACGCACGACUGUAGAUGAAGUGCCGGGUGGAGGUUCUACUAUUGGUA